AAUGAUAUUUAAUGUAAUAUUUGUUUAAAUGAUAGACAAAAAUGUGUAAAACAAUGUUGACAAAUUUGCAGUCAUUUUGCAAACGAGUCAUACAUUUGAAUACAUCGGUGAAGACAUUAUCGACAAGACAUCAACACUGGAAACCAAUGGAGGAUCAGAUUGUCUGCAAUUUGGACCCAAAACAGGUACAACUUCUCAAUGAAGAGUGUAUUGUUGUCGAUGAAAAUGAUAAGCCUUUGGGAUCUAAAUCCAAGAAAGAGUGUCAUUUGAUGUCAAAUAUAGACAACGGACUGAUUCACCGGGCAUUUAGUGUAAUGCUAUUCAACAGCAGAGGAGAGUUUCUCGUCACUCAAAGAUCUGACGCAAAGAUUACAUUUCCCACAUAUUUUACUAACACUUGUUGUAGUCAUCCCUUAUAUAAUGAUCUGGAAAGGGAUGAAAUGGAUGCCAUUGGAGUCAAGAGAGCCGCUCAAAGACGUCUUCACAUUGAAUUGGGAAUCGAUUCGUUGAAGAUUCCGCUCCAAGACAUCAAAUAUAUGACGCGAUUUCUAUACAAAGCGCCGUCGGGUGGCGUUUGGGGAGAGUAUGAAAUUGAUUACGCUUUGGUCAUACAAAAGGACGUCCAACUAAACCCUGAUCCAAAUGAAGUCAAAUUCUAUAAAUAUUUACCUAAAGAUCAACUUUUGUCGUUUUUGGAAAAUGAAGAGCAGAAGGGAAAUCUGGUGACGCCUUGGUUUCGACUAAUGAUUGAUAAUUUCCUGUUUGAGUGGUGGAACAACUUAAAGGAUCUGAAUAAAUAUCACGAUCACAACAAUAUUCAUCGAUUACCUUAACAAACAUUUUUGAGUCUUAUUUUCCUUGUUAUCAAAUAU